CUACCAAUGGAGUACUAAUAAACGCUACUCUAUCUACGAGAUACUAGCUGCAGCCAACAUCUGUUCAAGUGUCAUCUGCUUUGAUCCACCGGAUUGAUGCUGCGAGUUGGACUUCCGGCCCCCAUUCUCGUCUGCGGGGCUGCCGGCUGCGAGAGUAGAUUCGAUUCGCCGUGCAAUGAUGCUCCCGUCUCCUGUCUCCGGCGCGACGCGUGGCAUCAGGCGCCGCUCAUCGGCGGUGCAGCCCGGACCCCAUUGGUCAGCGCGGAGGGCGACAAAACAGUGGGCAACAGCUAGCCGUCAGCCAGCGUCCGCCGGCCUCGAGGAACCCUGGGCCCGGACGGUGCCGCCGCCGGUUUCUGCUCCUUCCGCGGUUCGAUUCAGUCUCUACCGAGGAAGAAUCCGACGGGGAACGGAAGAAGAAGCUGGCAGUGCGCAACCAUCAGCACAGGAUAAGCCAGCGGCCUGAUCAACGCCGAUCUGAGCCCUCGCUGCCGGAUUGCUGGUUAACAAAGUAUGAGCGAUUCAGAGUGUGCAGGAGCACCUCAACUUAAGGGGAAGUACUUUGGUUUGCUCGUCUGCUUUCUAUUGGGGAAUGGAUGCCUCUUCGCAUGGAACAGUAUGCUUACAAUAGAAGAUUACUAUGUCUACCUCUUCCCUAAGAACCACCCAACCAGAGUUCUCACGCUGGUAUAUCAGCCUUUUGCCCUGGGAGUUACAGCUCUUCUAGCAUACCACGAAGCAAAAAUCAACACCAGGCUUCGGAAUCUGACAGGAUACACAAUUUACUUCUUAAGUUCUUUUGCAAUAAUAAUUCUGGAUGUGGCCACUAAAGGGCGAGGUGGGUUUGGAGCCUUCGUUGGCAUAUGCGUAACAAGUGCAGCAUUCGGGAUAGCAGAUGCUCAUGCUCAAGGUGGUAUGAUUGGUGACCUAUCCUUGAUGUGCCCAGAGUUCAUUCAGUCCUACUUGUCAGGUUUGGCUGCAUCAGGAGCAAUUACAUCAGCUUUGCGUCUGAUUACAAAAGCAGCUUUUGAGAACUCACAAGAUGGUUUGCGAAAAGGAGCGAUGCUAUUCUUUUCGAUAUCAUGCUUCAAUGAGCUAUUAUGUGUUCUUCUGUACACAUUUGUCUUCCCCACAUUGCCUAUUGUCAAAUUUUAUCGCUUGAAGGCAGCUUCCGAAGGUAGCAAAACUGUUGCUGGUGACCUAGCUGCUGCAGGAGUCCCAAUUCAACAUGAAGAGCAAGCUAUGGAGGAUCCCAAACAAUAUGUGCGAUUAAGCACCAAACUACUGUUUCUGCAAAACGUUGAUUACGCGCUUGAUAUCUUUCUGACAUAUGUCUUGACUCUAUCUAUCUUCCCUGGAUUCCUAUCUGAAGACACCGGAUCACACGGCCUAGGGACUUGGUAUGCACUUGUUUUGAUUACAAUGUUUAACGCGUGGGAUCUCAUAGGCAGAUAUGUACCCAUUAUUGUCAAGCUGAAAUCUCGAAAAUGUAUCAUGGCAGCAACCCUCGCACGCUUUCUACUCAUUCCUGCAUUCUAUUUUACUGCAAAGUACGGCGCACAAGGGUACAUGAUCUUUUUGACAUCCUUCUUGGGGUUGAGCAACGGGUAUCUAACCGUAUGUAUCCUUACAGAGGCACCCAAAGGAUACAAUGGGCCAGAGCAAAAUGCGCUGGGGAAUGUUCUUGUUGUUUUCCUCAUGAUUGGACUGUUUUCUGGUGUUGUGCUCGAUUGGUUAUGGCUGAUAGGGAAAGGUUGGUGAUAACUAAAGUCACCUCAUAAAGGGUGUUACUCUUUUGCUAAGUGUAUCCUGUUGGUACAUCGAUGGAAAAAAUAAUAAUAAAUCCGAUUUGCUGAUUUUCUUGCUA